AUGGAAAAAAUAAACAAUGUAACUGUGUUCAUUUUCUGGGGUCUUUCUCAGAACCCAUUGGUAGCAAAAGUUUGUUUCAUGGUUUUCUCUUUCUUUUACACAAUUACUCUUCUGGGAAACCUCCUCAUUAUAAUGACAGUGUGUACUAGCAACCUUUUAAAAUGCCCUAUGUAUUUCUUUCUCAAUAAUUUAUCUUGUGUGGACAUUUGCUUCUCCUCAAUUACAGCUCCCAAGAUGAUUGUUGACCUACUAGCCAAAAAGAAAACUAUCUCCUACGUGGGCUGUAUGUUGCAACUCUUUGGGGUGCAUUUCUUUGGUUGUGUUGAGGUUUUCACCCUUGUCUUAAUGGCCUAUGAUCGCUAUGUGGCCAUUUGUAAACCCCUACACUAUAUGACUAUUAUGGACUGGGACAGACGUAAUAAAUUAUUAUUUGGGAUCUGGGUAGCCGGCUUCAUACACUCCAUUUUGCAGUUGACUUCGGUGAUCCAGCUACCCUUUUGUGGACCCAACGUGAUUGAUCACUACUUUUGUGAUGUUCACCCCCUGCUGAAACUAGCCUGCACAGACACAUAUAUUAUUGGCAUUGUUGAUACAUCGAACAGUGGGGUCAUUUCUUUGGGGAGCUUUGUGAUCUUGAUAAUAUCUUACACUGUCAUCCUGGUGUCCCUGAGAAAGCAGUCUGCAGAAGGCAGGCGCAAAGCUCUCUCCACCUGUGGCUCCCACAUUGCCGUGGUCAUCAUCUUCUUUGGUCCCUGUACUUUCAUGUACAUGCGCCCUGACACUACCUUUUCUGGGGAUAAGAUGGUAGCUUUAUUUUACACUAUUAUAGCUCCUAUGUUAAACCCUCUCAUAUACACACUGAGAAAUUCAGAAGUAAAGAACGCAAUUAAAAUAUUGUGCUGUAAGAAGAUUUUUAAAAGAGGUCAAUCACAAAUAGUAUCAUUAAAGUAA